AUGAAGAGCAACGUGGAUACUGUGCUGGACGGGUACACGAGCGUCCCCGUCGGCGUGUUGGACAGCACACUGGCCAACACGGAUAUCCUGACUCGCAUCACGCUUGUGUUCCCAUCAUCGCUGUCGCUCUCAGCCCUGCAGGAGUCGUGGUAUGCGCUUGUUCGAAGCUGGCCCAUCCUCGCAGCUCGUGUGCGAGCGACGCCAUCCACGCCCUCCGGCCUGUCGUACUUGAUCCCCACGCCUGCAACGCUCGAAUCACUGGAAACCCGAUCUCGAAACUCAGCUAGCAAGCCGCUGGAAAAACACAUUGUCCUGCUCGACCAAUCCUCACGUUCCUUCUCAGACUACCAUCCCAUUGUCGCCAAAGCUGUCCACUCGAACCUCGAUCGCAACAACAUCAGCAUCGGAGGAGCGCCGCUCGUAGAGCACGAAAAAGCGACGAUUUGCAGCAAUGCCUGCACCAGCUGGAAGCAGUUGAUCAAGCAGGAUCAGGCCUUCGUCACGGCUCAGGCCACCAAGUUUGCCGACGCCACGACGGUCACCAUCAGCUUCAGCCAUAUCCUGGGCGACGCUUUCACAAUCAAACACAUCUUCCAAGGCUGGCAGACGGCGUUGAACGGUCAAGCGGUGCAAGAGCUCCAAGAUGUGGGUAAGGAUCCGUUUAUCAAAUAUCUUCCCAAGGAUACCAACGACAAGAAGCACAAGAAAAACAAAAAGUCCGAGCCGGCUCCAGAUUUGCCGUUGCAAUGGUUCCGAUACGGGCUGGCGCGCAAGAUCAAGUUGAUCAGCCUCCUGUUGUGGGAAGUCAAGGUAAAGAAACCUGAAAAGACGCUUGGCCAGUACUACAUCUAUCUACCACAAGCUAAGGUGGACGAGUUGAUGGCACAAGCUCGCUCGGAUCUCGAACAGCUUCGUUCCUCGUCUGCCACGAGCGCAACUGAGCGCGACUUGAACGUCAGCACGUUCAACGUGCUUUUUGCCUGGUUGUUGCAGAACAUCCACGCGUCCACUGCAAUCAAGCCAAGCAAGACGAGCAGCGUGAUUUGCAUUAUCAAUGCCAAGACACGCCCUCCAGCUGGUCAUGUGCCAGCCGACUACCCUAGGCAUCAGUUGUGGGGAGGCGCUUUAGGUGCGCCUCUGCGCCCACUCUCUGCGGCAGAGUAUGUGACACUCCCGCUCGGUCAGCUAGCGUUGCACAUCCGUGAAUCGAUCACCGAGCAAGUGGAUCCGGAAAACAUACGCAAGAGCGUCGUCAUGGCGCUCAAACACUCCAUGUGGAAGAAGCCGAGCGGCGAGUUGCUUUUCUUCUCACAAAACCCCAACACUUACUGGUGCGGAUGUACAGAAUGGAGGAGCGCCAAGUUUCACACAAUCGACUUUUCCGCUGCAGCCACACCACACCACGAUGCCAUUCAGCCAACAGCAGCGCCCGCCGCAAGCGUAAACCCAGUUGCAAUUACCACCAACAUGGAGACCCCAAUGACCAAACGCAACCGAUGGGCGCUCCUCGGCGAGGCAAAUAACGGUAUAUGGUUUACAGGUGGCUUGACGGCAAACGAGGCCAGCAACAAGAACGGCUUCGGAAGGUACAUCUUUGUCGAAUAG